AUGGCAUGGAGCAAGUGCCUGUUCCUUGUGGCCAGCUGGUGGAUUCUGGCUGCAGGUGCUCUGAGAAAGCGCAGUGAUGCUAGCAGGUCAGCAUCACAGCUUACAGCCAAGGCUGGCAGUUCGCCAGCAGACGUCUUUGCUCACCCCAGGGCCCCUCCGCCAACCUCGAUCUACGGCAAAAUCUACGUCGGCGUUCCCCCACAGGAGUUCUUAGUCGUGUUUGACACCAGCAGCGGCAAUGUCAUUCUCCCGGCCAGGAGUUGCGAGUCCGCUUCAUGCAUGACAAAGCAUCGGUAUGACAAGCUGCUGAGCGCGACAUCGAAGCAGGUGAAUGCCUCGCAAAACGAGGCAUGGUUGGACCAGGCAUUCUACCCUUUACUGCUUCUGGUGGCGGCCCUCUGGCUCACGGAGCUCGCCGCGCAAUGGAAAGCCUGCCAGCGGAGGAAGCGCACAGCCGCUGUGAAGUGUCCUCCUGCACCUUCCGAUGCAUCGACGACUCCAGGCCCCUCGCCGGGCAGCCCAAGCUCCGUGAUCUCCAGCAGCUACCAGGAUGAAUCGAAUGACACCGCUGGCAUCUGUGACUUGGACCCCUUCACCUGGUGCUGGGCCGGUAGGCAAUCAGCAAAGGAUCUUGUCGAUGAGGCAACGUACCAGGACAGGGAGAUCAUAGAGAUGAAGUUCGGUGCGCCCAGGUCCGAAAUUUACAAUCUCGGCUUCUAUCCCAUCAAUGAGGACAUCCCAGCUUUGGUUGAGGUUGCUGUUCGUGACGAGUCGAAGCGCAAGGGUGUGGAGCAAAAGCUGCGACAGCUGCGCCGGCUGUCUGAAGACUUGCCUCCGUCUGGUUGGGUUCAGACCAGGGAUCCGCGAGUGUUGCUAAGGUUUCUCCUUGCCCGACAAUGCAGUGUGGAGCGGGCGUUGGAAAUGCUGCAGUCGGUUCUGACUUGGCGGCAGCAGAACGGUGCUGCCAACGCGCUCCCACUUUGGAAUAAGGUGAAGCACGAAAGGUUUGACUUCUACUGGAAAGCCUUCGGCUGCACUGGAAUCGAUCGCGAGGGCGACCCCGUCGUCUUUGAGAGGGUGGGUCAGCUCGACGUUCCGGGCCUGGUCAAGUGCAACCCAGACUUCAUCAAGCAGCACUGCAUCUACAAUGCCGAGUGUGUUUUCGCCAGCUUGGAAAUCGGAAGACGGCGGUGUCUCAAGCAGGACAGCCGCCGUGGUUUCCAAGUCACAGUUGUCGUCGAUAUGACCGGCCUCAACGUGUCUUUCAUGGAUCGAAAAGCACUUGCCUUGUGCCAGCUGGUGUCCAGGGUUGAAGCCGACAACUACCCGGAAGCCUUGAAGCGCGUCAUCGUGAUCCGGGCCCCCUGGAUCUUUCCAGCUAUCUGGAACUUUUGCAAGCCCUUCUUUGACAAGGGAACCUUGGAGAAGGUAUGCAUUGUGAAGGAAAGCGAGACGGCGGAUGUGCUGCUGAAACAUAUUCCCGCGGAGAGCGUGCCAAAGGCACUCGGCGGGACCUUAUCUGGUGACAGCGGCGACGACUACUGCUCUUCGAUUAUUGCUCCCGGCGGAAAGAUACCUGAGGAUGUCAGCUUUGCCGUUGGCAAGGGGAACGUCGCUGGGAAGUCUAGCCAGGACAAAGUGUGUCUCAGCCCGCAGAAAAUCUGCGCGGACACCUUGCUCGUGGAAGCGACCGAGAUGUCUGAUGAGCCCUUCAGCAUCUUUCCUUUCGACGGCGUGGUUGGCCUGGGCAUGCCGAGCCUGUCCUUGACCAAGAUGCACAACUUCCUGGGCAAUCUCGCAGAUGCAAACCAGCUUGACAAGGAUCGUUUUGCCGUCUGGAUCGCCACGGAGGAUGACAAGGAGGACUCUGAGAUCAGUUUCGGAGCCUUGCCGCCCAACCGACUGGGCUCAGAAGUUGCCUGGCUGCCCCUCUCUUCGACGACUUCGGGUCUGUGGCAGGUGGAGAUGUCUGACGUCACCCUCAACUUAGUCCGCCUGGAUGUUUGUAAGAAGGGGUGCCACGCAGCUUUCGACACUGGCUCGGGCAUGAUCUCUGGGCCCAAGCACCUGGUGGAGGCGAUAAGUCAGGAGCUCAAUGUGGCCACCGACUGCUCCAACUACGAUGAACUGCCCGCGCUGGGCUUUGAGCUGGGAGGAGUGACGUACAAUUUGGACAAGUACGAGUACGUCAAGCGAACCAGCGAGGGCUGCUUCCCUCAGCUCCAAUCCACCGAUGAGGCAGAGGCCUCUGACGCUUCCACCUUCUUCUUGGGAGCGCCCUUCCUCACGCGCUACGUGACGGUUUAUGAUCGAGUCUUCCUGCGGAUGGGCUUGGCAUUCGCAGUGCAUGCCAAUGAGCCAACAGGGGAGAGCUCCGAAGGCGCCAUGAAGCGCCUCAUGGGGCGACCCAGCCUCGGCCGUGCCUCCGCGAAAGAGUCUGAAUAG